GGGCCGCCCCGUCCAGCCGCGGUUUGUUAUGACAUUUGCAACAGUCCGUGAAGAAAACGUACACGCACUUUCAACGCUUUUUGCGUGCAAUUUUAAACUCCAACAGUAUUAGCCAGCAUUUCCGACAGGUGCACAGCAAACCAGCCUACCGUACCCGAGUCCAGGUUGAUUUCCCGGGUUGACUGACUUUACGCAUGUUCUCGCAACUGUCGUCACCGUCAUCGACGUACGUGCGGGUCCAUUUCGGACGGACUUUGGAUUUGGAGAUAAACACACCGAAUCAGCUGCCCAAAGCCCGUGAAGUGGUGUGAUUAGCAGCACACGGCCGCUCGUCAAGUACCGUGCACCCCGCAGUCCCCGAGAAGACUUCGGCUUCGCAACAAUGACCAACCAAUACGUGACGCGGUUCCAUUCGUCCGAAGCGAAAGAAAGCCCGCGCCGAUUGCCCGCCUGGCUCGACUGUCACAGGAAGCCCGUUUCGAUGAUCUUACGGCUGUACGCCACGCUGAUCUUCUGCUGGGAUGUGCUGAUCAUCUUGGUGCAGUUCUUUCUCACCUUGCUGCAGUCGCUGUUCCACCAGAUCCGGGCACCGAAGGCCAAAUGUCUCACCGGGGAAGUGGCAGCCGUUGUCGGUAGCGGUCGGGGUGUCGGAUACGAUCUGGCCCUACAGCUGGCGGCGUUAGGCGUGAAGGUGGCCUGCAUCGACGUGAACGCAACGGACAACGAGCUGUUGGUGAAGAAAAUACAGUCGUCGGGCGGUGUGGCCAGCGCGUUCGAAUGUGACGUUACGAGCAAGGUGGAGGUCGGCCGUACGGUGGCCGCGAUCGAGGGCAGCCUCGGCCCGAUCAGCAUGCUGUUUCACAGCUGCAACGUGCCGAGCGCACGUAGCCUUGUCACCGAAGCGCCACCGAUCGAAACCACACUGAAUGUUGGCGUAGUAUCACACUUUUUGCUGCUGGAAGCGAUACUGCCCAAAAUGAAGAAAAUGGCCCACGGGCACAUCGUCUUCCUGACCUCGGUGGCCGGCGUCAGUGGGCUGAAGCACCAGAUGCCACUGGCCGUGUCCCAGUUCGCCGUCCAGGGUCUGUACGAGUCCACGCUGGAGGAGCUGCGCAUCGAAAAGCGGCAGCACACGAUCCACACAACGCUCGUCCACAUCUACCCGUUCAUCAUCACCGACCACUGCCUGAACGACAUUCGGCUGCGCAUUUCGUCCGCGUUCGGGCGCAUCCGGUCGGACGAGGCCGCCCAGCGUAUUAUAGCGGGCGUGCGGCGCAACGAGCUAGAGAUUAGCAUACCGAAAUAUUUGCUCUUCGUGAGCCAUCUGCUGCGGCUGCUGCCCCGCCGGGCGUCGCUGCUGCUGCGCGAGCUGAUCGAUACGGGGGUGGAUUUGUGAGCAGGUCGAGGGGGGGACGAACGAACCGGGAAGGGAGGGACGAGGACAAUGCGCCAGAACACCAAAUCAGUGUCGACGAUCGUGACGAUCGGUUCGGCGCAAUCGAGAGAAAGAGAGAUAGGAUUAAUGUUGUUGUUUUUUUUUGCUAUUACGUUUUAUAAUCGUUUAGUUGUUUAUUUUUCCCUUUCAAAAGAUACUCCAACAAGUACACGAUGUGAGUGUGUUUGUGUGUGUGUGCACACGAUGUUAUAAAAUGCAAAACACCAAAAGAUAAUACAUUCGAACGUAUAAAACAA